AUGGAUUCGAGGCUGCUGAUUGGAUCGGGGAUCCCCACGCCGGACCCGACCACCCGCGCACCCUGGAACAUCAGCUCCAUCAGUCCGCACCGGCUCAUGGAGCUGUCUCCGGUCGCUACAGCUGGGUCCACGAUCCCAAGCCACCCAUUUCCGACGGUAGACGUCCCGGACCACGCUCACUACACCAUCGGUGUCGUCAUCCUGGUCGUGGGCAUCACAGGCAUGCUGGGAAACUUCCUGGUCAUGUACGCUUUCUGCAGGAGCCGGAGCUUGCGGACGCCAUCCAAUAUUUUCAUCAUUAACCUGGCAGUCACAGACUUCCUCAUGUGCUUUACUCAGACACCCAUCUUCUUCAUCACCAGCAUGCACAAGCGAUGGAUCUUUGGAAAGAAAGGUUGUGAGUUAUACGCCUUCUGCGGAGCGCUGUUCGGUAUCUGCAGCAUGAUGACACUAAUGGUGAUUGCAGUGGACCGGUACGUGGUGAUCACCAGGCCUCUGGCCUCCCUGGGGUCGAUGUCUCGCAGGAAAGCCCUGAGCAUUUUGGCUGCUGCCUGGAUCUACUCCAUGGGCUGGAGCCUGCCCCCCUUCUUUGGCUGGAGUGCCUACGUCCCCGAAGGUCUGAUGACGUCUUGUUCCUGGGACUACAUGACGUUCACCCCCUCCGUCCGCUCCUACACCAUGCUUCUCUUCACCUUCGUCUUCUUCAUCCCUCUCUUCGUUAUCAUCUUCAGCUACUGUUGCAUCUUCAGAGCCAUCCGACACACAACGCGAGCGAUAACGAAGAUCAACUGUGAGGGAACGAGAGACUCUGCGAAGCGGUUCAACAAGAUGAGGAGCGAAUGGAAGAUGGCCAAGAUCGCGCUCAUCGUCAUCCUGCUGUUCGUCGUCUCCUGGGCCCCGUACUCCUGUGCGGCCCUCACUGCAUUUGCUGGGUACGCUGACAUGUUGACUCCGUAUAUGAACUCUGUUCCUGCCGUGAUCGCCAAAUCAUCCGCAAUCUACAACCCCAUCAUAUACGCCAUAACACAUCCCAAAUACAGAUCGGCGAUCAGCAAGUACAUUCCCUACCUCGGGGUGUUGCUGUGCGUUACCGGCAGAGACCGUUUCAGCAGCAGCAGCUUCCAGUCCACCCGGCGAUCGACCCUCACCAGCCAAUCAGAGUGCAAAGGCCACAGCAAGCCCCGCAACUCCUCCCUGUCGGAAAGCGAAUCAGCUCGCUUCUCAGACGCGGAGGAGGACAGCUCGUCCCGGACGCCCGUCGGUCGCCAGUUAUCCUGUGAUGUCAAACAGGUGCGCCAUACCAGCCAGAGGUCAAAGGUGAGAGGUCACAACAUGGGAGAGUUUGACAGGACCGCCGCCCACAACCCCACAGACCCGGCCAUAUGUCUCCUCUCACAGAUCACAACUCUGGCAGAGCCUGAAGACAUUUCCAUGUCGGACAUGAGUCUGAAGACAACCAGCCACCUGCCUGCUACUCUGGAGAACGUGAUGGAGGAAUCGGGGCCAAGGACCACGUACAAGACGUCAUCCGUCAUUGUCACCUCCAUAUCCACCCCGUGUAUACUGCACAGCCCUCCUGGUUUCCAUGGCAAGCUCAAACUGACCAAAACUUACAGCCCAGUCGUGAAGGAGCCCAUUGAUAUCGUCAGACUGGAGACGACAGUGUUACAGUGAGCAGCUGGACAAAAGUGCAACGACAGUGUAAUCGCGCGUGUGUGUGUGUAUGUGUGUGUGUGUGCGUGUGUGUGUUUCAGUAUUUUCCUCCGUUGUACUUUUCUGUACCAGCAUGCAGUUUGCUACUUAGCACAACUUAAAACCAGAGCAUGCCCUUAUUAUUUGUUUUUUUGCACAACUGUUUGAGUGUGAGCGAGCGAGCGUGAGUGCCCCGUAAAUCUAAAGAAAAAAAUCUGUACACGCGCGCAAACACGCUAAUGUACUUUCUCUGACAUAUCAUGGUGGUCGGAGAUGGUUUUACCUCAGAGCCAGAGGCAACGAGUCAGCCUUAAAAACACAAUAUGAAGAGUCUCUUUCUCAAAGGUUGAGUAUCCUUCAGAUGAUGCCAUACAACAGUUCAAUGUUCACUGUUAUGUUUUUGCGGUUUAAUUUUUUAUGAUUCUGGUCCAUUUAGAUGUCAGCUGGGGACGUAAAAACUGUUAAAAUAUCUAUUUUUUAUUGGUCUUCAGGAGCCAUAUUUUACACACUACAUGCAUUGUUGCGCAGACAAAAGUAGCUCCAUACUUUUUUAAGAGUAUGAAAUGACUUUCAAAACAGAACCAACUAAGUCCAGCACUAAGUCUGUCUAUUGUUUGUGUUUUUUCUACUUGAGGAUGUUAGAAUAUACUUAAAAUACUGAUUACAAGUGCAUUAAGCAGUGUUUUUUCUUGGCGGCACUACAGAUCUUGCUGCGAAUCAACACUGUAAUUUACAAACAACUUUGAGCCUGCUCAAAGCUAAAAAAAACACAUUUCUGAAUAUAAAACUGUAAGCAGCCUCUCCUACAAGAGGGAGUUCACUUUCAUUGCAUCUAAUGUCAGAGAGUCAAAGUAAACAAGUAACUGGGGAGGACAGUCACAGAUUUUUCACAUGUCAAAUACGCAAACACCCGGAUAAAAGCGGAACAUCUGGCUUUUGUCAUCAGUGGGACAUUCCCAGCGUCCAACACACUGUUGUGAUUUCUGUUCAAGAUGUGCUCGACCUGCUCUGAAAGAGGGACAGAAGUAAAAGAUGUGAUGAAGUAACCACCUAACUGUAACACUGUCACUGUCCUGGUCGGUGCAACAACAGGGAAAAGAAAGAAGCAAGAUGGCGGCUCACUUAAUAGCUACGCCCAAAAAACAAAGACGAUGCAUCUGAUUCUGAAUGUUACUGUUUAAGAGUAUUUUAUAAUCAAGAUUAUACAAAAAAACCCAUUGCUUUUUACUGAUCCCUGUUCUCCAGCAGCGUUUCUCAAGUAAAAUGUUGACACACCAGAAAAAACAGGAAGGCGAACGCAUCCACACCUGAAACAGUAAAUGAGUCAGUCAGGAGUUUAUACAUGCUAAUGUUUGGAGAGAUUUUAUUUUCUCAGGAGCUGGCAGAUGAAGCGCCGAGGGCCAAAAUGACCCGACUUUAACAGGUGGCUAGAAAGUAGAACUUCACCUUUGUUUCUAUUAAGUAGUUUUUUUUUAGCGUCUGCGUUUCCAAAAACAUCACAUGUAUUCAGGCAGCCCACACGUGUAGAUUUAUAAACUUUGUUAAUUUUUCUAUUUUGUUUGAGUAAUUUUAUAUUUAUUAUCUGAAGAACUAGUGCAAUGUCUUUCUGGGGUGGUGCAUUAAUUUAAAUAUGUAAAAAAAAAAAAUAGAAAUAAAAAAAAAUAAAAAAUGGCCUACUUACUGCAACGCUGCUGCGCCACAGUUGUCUCCAAUACUGCAGAUUCCACUGGAUUCGUACCCGUUGCGUUCCAGCUGAAUUGGCUCAACUGCUGCCUCGUGCUUCGGCAUCCGGCAGAAAUAGAAGUCCAAAUAGCCGUAAGAUGAAUCCAACACAAACUGAAACUGUAUCAUUAAAAUAUUCUCUGGGAUGCACUUAGCCCGGACAAACCGACUGCUCAGUCCAGACUUUCUGCCCUCUAGUGGUUGAAAAACGCUUUAACGCAGCUUUGAUACGAGAUGAUUUACUCCUGAACUGAGUAAUCAGACACACAAUGCGACCGGACAGCAGAGGAUACAGUAAGUUUGGUUUUCCCCCCCUCUGGCUCUUCGUCAUUGAUUUUUCCAGUCCUGGUGACCCGAAGUACCACAGUUUGGACAAAUUAGGUCACAAAUAUGUCACGACAUCAUAGUACAUCAGCUAACACUGUGUGGUAUGAGAGUGUGUGUGUGUGUGUGUGUUCGCAUUGAAAAACAGCAGUCAGUACUGUACUUUGCAUCUUCUCCUGAUGCCAUACUUUUCUGUAAACACCUCCUGUUAGAUCAACAGGUGACGGUUUUCUACAUGACUGUACCGUUCUGAGAGUAUCAGGAUCGUGAUCGUCGACCUCAUGAGACACGCGGAGCUGCAUCACAUUUUCUGAUUGAUUGAACGUCACGUGUCCAAACGCAUUUUUUCUUUCUCCACUUUUUUGUACAUUGCAGUUCCGUUUUGAGAUUCCUAAGACUGCUGCAUCGUUGACUAUGAUUGUAAUAAGUGUUGUGUUCAGGCGUCGAUCCAAUUCUGACACCCGCCGUCAUCGUCAUGUUUGUUUAAUGAUCGAUCGUCAAAUUAGAGUCUUUGUUAACGAGGGUUGAUGCAUUCCCACUGCUGCUCAUCUGUCCUGCAGUAUACCCGUCAAUGAAUGUACAAAAAUGACAUAUGGCUAAAAAAUUGGAAUUUACGACAAAAACAAAUACAUAAUGUUAUUAUAUAUGAAAUUUCUGCUUUAUUGAAGUGAUGUUUUAUGAAGUGAUGGUUUCAUGUUUUUGGUUUCUUUGUACAAAAUGUUUUGUGUUGUUUGUUAUUUAUUUUUCUAAAUAAAAAUGGUUA